CAAACAGAAUCAUUUACUCUUCAUGGUGAAGAUAAAAAAGGACACCUGACGACGAAAGAAGACAAAAUGCCAGGUGUUCCACAGACUAGAGGGGAUGAACCCUCCAUGUAUCUACAGAGGCCUUCUACUGGCAAGUCGCAAGAUGUUCGCCAUAUUCUCGUAAGAACGUUCAGAGAGUUGUUCACGAGAGACGCUAUCGGUCCCGACACGGUGAAGAACCUGUCUGUAUCUAAAGGUGGUGCUGAUCCUUACCAUGAGAGAUAUGUUGAGGCAUUACAGAAGGUGUUUGAUGAGAGACAGCGACGGAUGGAGGAAGCUGCCAUGUUAGAGCGACACAUCAUGCAGGCCCAGGCUCGUGCCAUGUCAGCUGAUGAGCGUGCACUGAAUAGGGUGGCACAGAGCUGUGAUAAUUAUCAGGUCCUUGGUCUUCCACCAGGUCCCAUACGUGAAGUUCAGUCUCAUUUCCGUACCUGCCUGGAUACACAGCUGUUACAGAAGCACCAGCUACUAACACCUUCUGAUUACGCUACGGAGGAACCUGCACCUGUACCACCACCAGCAGCUGAGAAAGUACCAAGUUAUGCACGAGAUACUCUGGCAUCUAGACAGCAUACAAGAGAUGAUUUGUUUCUGCCCCCAGUGUCACCUCCCCUGUCUACACAGAGGAGUAAAUCUGAUAUUGGCAGUUUGGUAUCUGAAGAGCCAUUAGACACUGAAAGAAAAGACCAAGCUUAUCUGUCCCAGUUCCCUCGUAAUGAUGCCUGGAAACAACAAAUGAGUGAGGAACAACGAGAGCAGGAAAGGAUCAGUCUUCAGAAUCUGAACGCAACAACAAACUAUCCCAGAAAUCCUAGAUUUAUCCCACCUUCAGCGCCACCUGGUGGCAGAUCCUUGAUCAAGAAUAAAAAGGUCAAGGCUAAAGAGAUAGGAAUUCAGCCAAAGAAAGACCAGACUAAAGAACUAAAGGAACCAUCAGAAGUGUUUCUGGUGUCUCCACCAGCUGUGGUGUUUACGGACUACAAGAUAGGACAGGUCUAUGAGUUAACAUUGACUUUGAAGAAUGUAUCAGCAUGUAUCAGGCAAUGCAGAGCUCUCCCUGCCACAACUUCAUUCUUUUCAGUUGGACUGGGUCAGUUCCCAGGAGAGCAUGGUCUAGUUGCCCCCGGGAUGAGUUGCCACUAUAAUGUAAGAUUCAACCCCGACUCUCUGAGAGAUUAUGAUGAUGAAAUAAAGAUUCAAACACAGUCUAGAGAACCUAUUAUUGUACCCAUACUCGGCCGGCGACCUCCUCCAAAAAUAACUUUACCACCAGUGAUAGAUGUCGGACAUUGUUUGGUUGGUGGCUGCCAUGUUGUUCAGUAUGUGAUCAGGAAUGAAGGUGGAUAUGGUAGAUUCUGUAUCAUGCCUAGUACUUCCUGGCCUACUACAAACUUUAAGUCUGUUAUACGUAAUGGCAGCGUCUCCAUCCCACCAUUUGAUGUGCGUCCAUCUGUACUUGACAUUGGACCUGAUCAGACUGGAUUGAUGGAGGUAGUUUUCCAGCCUCCUUCAGUGAAGAGCUACUCACUAGACAUGUGCAUGGUGUGUGAUAACUGUACUGUGAGACAUUUUGUCCUCAAAGGUGAAGCUCAGAGAGCAGGUGUUGAGCUGGUGUCUGUUGAACGUGGAUUGUCAGAGGCUGUACCAGGUGAACUGGUAGAUGCCACAGCACAGCACCUCAUCAAGUUUGAUCAGCUAAAUCCAUUCACCUACACUGAUAGAACUGCUGUGGUGAAAAAUACAACCAAUGUGAGCCUGCCAUUCCAGUGGAUGAUAUACAAGCCUCAGUUUGACAGUCCCGGUUCUGACACUGUCAGUAAGAAGUAUGACCGGGUACCAGAUGUCGACUCUGUUUUUAGUGUACAUCCGCCAACAGGAGUCCUGCCCCCAGCAGAGAGCAUGGAGUUUAAGAUUACUUACGCACCUCCAGUGGUUGACAAGUUCCACAGUGUGCUACAUUUACUACUAAACAUGGUACCGUCCUCACUGGAGAUGAGUAGUAAAGGGAGUUCGGCCACUGAUAAAGAGAAAAAAGAUGAUGGUGAGCUUAAUGAAGAAGAUGCCUCUGAGAUUAUACUUCCCCAUAAUGACAUGCCACCAUUUGCUGAUGUAACAGCUUUGGAGAUAGAGGUUAAAGGAGAGAGUGUCCCGCUGAGUGUAGUUUUACACCCCUAUUCAAUGCACGUUCCAGGCAAAAACUUGGUGGGAACCACACUCAAGAAAAUGGUCACUAUGGCGAAUCAUAGUCAUUCAACCAUAACAUUCCAAUGGGAACCUUACACUGAGAAAUAUAUACUUGAAGUGGAGCCACCUUUUGGAGAACUUGACCAUGGAAUGGCAAUGGAUAUGGAGCUGUCCAUUACUGGACCAGAGCCGGGGAAAAUUGACCACACCUUGUACUGUCAUGUGAUGAAUCUAGAAGAACCACUGCAUAUGCAAGUACAGGCAGAAUUCAAGGGACCUGAAGUGUCUAUUGAUGAACCAGACUUGAACUUUGGUCUGGUACGACUUGGACAAACAGUUCAGAAGCAGAUCACAAUAAAUAACAAGGCCUCAAUUAUUACACCUUGGUAUAUCCGUGACAGUCCUGCUUUCCCUAGUGAAGAUGGUGAAGAUGAUGAGGAUGAUGGCAUGAUUUUCAAUGAAUUUACGUUUGAGCCAAGUGAGGGUGAGUUGAAGCCACUAGAAAGUAGACAGAUCACUGUUACAUUUCAUCCUCUAUCAGCCAAAUCUUUUAGACGAGUUGUUGAAGUUAUGGUAGAAGAUGGACAAGACUGUAAUAUAGCCUGCUUUGCCGAGGUACAGACAGUGCAGGCGUGCCUGUUACAGUGUGAGGUUACCAUGCCGAAAGUAUAUAUUGGUGUCCCUGUUAUAGCUACUGCCAAGCUGCUCAACCAAACACUGCUGCCUGCAGUGUUUGAGUGGGGAGAGCCAUCUGGAGAGGAUAGUAAAGACUGCCAGAUAGAAAUAGACCCAAAGAUUGGAGAAUUAGGAGGAAGAGAAGAAAAAAGAAUUGUUGUUAAUUUCCUUGCGUACAGAGAGGGUGACUUUAGUGACCUGAGAGUUCCUUGCAAGGUUGAAGGUAUAGACAAACCCCUGAUUCUUGCCCUGUUCUGUGAUUCUAAAGGGCUAUCUGUACAAUACCAUGUGUCCACAGAUGGCAGAGAGAAAUUAAACCAAGAUGAAGUAAAAUUAGAUUUUGGAAAGGAAGUGUCUUUGAACUCCACCCCCAAGUUAUACCUACAUCUGACCAACAACACGGCAAUCACUACCCCGUACACCUUCACUAUGGAGAGCUUCUUCUCAAAACCUCCCACACCACCUGAACAGAAAAGGACUGAAAUGACUAGAACUGUGAGCACACGCAGAUUGAUGCUUGGGAAGACACCAAAUCUGGCUGACCCUUUCAGUAAAACUGAGACUAAAGCUCAGGCUGAUUUAUGUACGGCUAUGUUAAGUCAGGGUAACGGGACAGCGUUUGUUCCAUUACCACCAUCAGGUAUUCUAUCUGCUUUUUGUGAAGAUGUAAUAGAAGUGACAGCCUACAGUGACAUGUGGGGAGAGUACAAGGACAACAUCAUCUGCAAAGUUGGAGAGUUGGAAGAGACUAAGAUCCCUGUGUCUAUGAAAGUGCUUGGCUGCCCUUUGACCUUCCAGAUGACCUCGGGCAUCCCGGAGAUGAAGCCUAUGGUCAGGUUUGGUACCCAUGUAGCUGGUACCACUGCUUGUAAUCGGACAAUGAGGGUGAAAAAUGACAGUCCUCAUGAUAUACGUGUAGACUGGCAGGUGUUCAACAUCGAGGAAGGAGAUCCUAAGUUGAUGGAUAUGGUUGUUUGCUUUGGUAAAGCUUUUCCACUGAAAGAUUCAGAUGGCAAUGAAAUUGUGCCUCCAGCAGAAGCCCCCAAACCCCAGAAAGUUGUUCCAAUGCCUGUUAUCAGAGAGCCAACAGACUAUAUUCCCAACUCUGCUGAUAGCUCACAGAACACAAGCCGGGAAGUUACCUUAGCCGCUCUUAACAAACAGGAAGAUAGUGGAGAUACAGUGCAAACUAAGGAGAAACCUAAAGUUGUCAGUGUAUUCUGUAGGGAGCAUGACGGACAGCUAGCUCAGGCCCCUUAUAGCAUCAGACCUUCCCAAAUGGUUAUACCUGCUAAAGGCCAUGCCAGUGUAGUUGUCAGUUUUACCCCUCAUCCAACAGAAGAUGUGAAAGAUGACACAAACUGUAAUGGAUAUAUUCUUGGCUUCACUAGCCUUGAUGACCCUGAUACACAGAGCAGGGAAGGCAAAUUGUACAGGCCACAGGGGUAUGAUGCUUCCCAGCUAAGACUGGACAUGACUGCACAUCUUAAACCUGCUUUGUUGACAAUAGAAUGUGCCGAAGAAGAGGGAAUGAGAUAUAGAUCAGCCAUGAGCAGCCUGCUCAAAGACGAUUACCAGUUGCUGCCAGAGAGCCUGCAGACACAGAGUGUAAUGUUGUCGAAUCUCACACUGACACCUCUAACAUUUAAACUUGCUACAAAGCAACCAUUUGUUAUGGUUGAUCUUGACCCUUCCAGUAACAGAGAGGGAUUAUCUAGAUCAAAUUCAACAGAAAUGCAUACACUUAAGCCAAGACAUAACCUUGUUGUGAAAGUAGCCUUCCAGACCAGUACAAAUCUUCUAACUGAAGAACACUUUAAAGAUGAUGAGGAUAAUACUACAGGCAAGAAAAUUGAAAUCAAAGACAAUUUGCUGGUAGAGUUCAACAAUGGAGCACAGCAGAUGGUACCACUACAUGCUACACUGACUGUGCCCCAGUUUGAGUUGUCGAAGGAGUCGUUGGAUUUUGGAACUUGCCUUGUAGGUCAAACUAGAGAGAUGCAACUGAUGAUCACCAAUCAGACAUCUUCUCACACAUACUGGUCUGUAAACCAAGGUUCGUAUGGAAAUCAGGCUAACGAAGCAUUCCGCGUUGAACCUACUUCUGGCUUUUUAGACGCCCACAUAACACACAUCAGUAACAGCAAGUGUUUGCUGAAAGUCUUCUUUACUGCAAAACAUGCAGAAGAUUACGAGGCAGUAUUUACAUUUUACGGUAUACUUGGAGAAAGAACAAGACGCCUGUUUGUCAAGGCACAAGGUUCCUAUGAUGAAAAGCAUGAAGCUAUUCUUAAUGUGUAAACACUUCCAGCUGUAAAUUUGAACUAUUUUUCCAUGUAAAGACCAAUACUUUUUAUUUGUGGGUGUUGAUAUACAUGUUUAGAUUGAAUAGUUUCUGUGAUUACGAGCUCUUGUUAGUAAGACAUUUGUGUAUUCUUUAGACGUGUAUAUAACUAAGCAAACACAUGGCUUUCUGUAAAAAUGGAAAAUACCAAAGUCACAUACAUAGGAUACGUUAUUUGCCGAUUGUCACAGCGGAUUCAUUACCUUAAAUAAAUGUCUACUAUGUGAGAGAAUUAUGAAAUGAAUGUGAUAUUUGCAAUCAUUAUCCGAUUGUUUAUUUCUACGUAGUGUGAUUCUUUAUUUAUAUAAAAAGUUAUUAUCUGUGAUA